AUGGCUUCCGAAAUUAACCCCAAAUCAGAGGCCUUUGAUGCCCAUGAUGCACCACGAUAUGACGAGAAGCAGGGCACAACAGAGCCUAUUCAAACGCCAAAGCAAUCAUGGGCCUUACGCAAUGGUCUCACUCUCGAAUCCUUCAAGGCUCACGAUGAUUACGGCAAAGGUACCGUCGAGCUUUCGCGGGACAUGAAGCCUCGUCAUCUUAACAUGAUUGCUAUUGGUGGCAGUAUUGGUGCAGGCUUCUUUGUUGGUAGUGGCGGUGCGCUUCAGACUGGAGGCCCUGGCUCGUUGACCAUUGGCUUUCUGAUCAUGGGUGUCAUGAUCUUCAAUGUCGUUUACGCGCUUGGAGAACUCGCUGUCAUGUACCCCGUCUCUGGUGGUUUCUAUACCUAUGCUAACCGAUUCGUGGACCCUUCCUGGGGUUUUGCCAUGGGUUGGAAUUAUGUCAUGCAAUGGGCUUUCGUUCUUCCUCUUGAACUAACAGUUUGUGGUACCGUCAUCCAGUACUGGGCGCCAGACACCAGCGUCGCCAUCUGGGUUAGCGUUUUCCUUGCUGUCAUCAUUAUUGUCAACAUAUUCGGAACUCUUGGAUAUGCCGAGGAGGAAUUCUGGGCUGCUCUCCUUAAACUGUCCGCGACAGUUAUCUUCAUGAUCGUCGCCGUUGUUCUCGUUUGUGGUGGAGGCCCAUCAAACGGUAUUUACGAUGAAUAUUGGGGUGCACGUCUUUGGCAUAAUCCCGGUGCUUUCCAGCAUGGUUUCAGAGGAUUCUGCGGUGUCUUCGUUACUGCAGCUUUUUCCUUCAGUGGAACAGAACUCGUCGGUCUCGCUGCUGCUGAAGCCAAGAACCCAGCCAAGGCCCUUCCAGGCGCUAUCAAGCAAGUCUUUUGGCGAAUCACACUCUUCUACGUCGUUGGUCUUCUCCUCGUCGGCUUCCUUGUGUCUUCAACCGAUAAGAGACUUCUCAACGCUGGAAACAACAAUCCUAGUGCCUCUCCUUUCGUUAUUGCUGCGUCUAACGCUGGACUAAAGGGAUACGAUUCCUUCAUGAACGUUAUUAUCCUUGUCUCUGUCCUCUCUAUCGGUGUUUCCUGUGUCUACGGCGGUAGCCGAACCUUGGUAGCCUUGUCGCAACAGGGUUACGCCCCUAAAUUCUUCUCUUUCAUCGACAAAUCCGGACGACCUCUUCCCGCCGUUAUCUCCAUUAUCGCAAUUGGUGCCCUUGGUUACAUCAGUGUCAACGGAGAAGGCACUACUGUUUUCAUCUGGUUACAGGCGCUUUCAGGUUUGGCUGCUUUGUUUACCUGGGGUUCUAUCUGCCUAUGUCAUAUUCGCUUCCGAUCCGCUUGGAAAUAUCAUGGCCACACUCUUGAUGAGAUCCCCUUUAAGCAUGUCUUUGGCGUCUGGGGAUCGUGGAUUGGUCUCUUCAUCAUUGUCAUUGUUCUUAUCGCGCAAUUCUAUACCGCCAUGACUAACAUUGAUGGAUCUCUUGGUACGGCAGAGGGCUUCUUCCAGUCCUACCUGGCUAUGCCUGUGGUCAUUCUAUUCUAUAUAAUCGGAUACAUCUGGAAGCGGGAGGGGUGGAGGAAGAUCAGCGAGAUUGACCUCGACACUGGUCGACGAGAGCAUGAUUGGGACACUAUCAAUGCUUACCGUGAGAAGCUUGCUAAUGGUCCCGCAUGGAAGCGUGUGUGGCAUCAUUUGUUCUAA